CAUCUCUUCCUCACACAAUGUCAACGCCAUCGCAAUCUCCUCUGUUGCGCAUCCCGGCCAAGACUACAGAAGAUGUAGAUUUGGCAAGUGCAGUUGGUCAAUUAAUCUUGAACUCGUAUGGUCAAGAUCCAAAAGAAUUCUCUGAACAACUUUCAAGCCUCAAUCGUGCAAGACAAGAUGCCGUUCGCGGAACUGCAGGAAGCGAUACAACGGCUAGAGAUCUUUUGUAUAAAUGGUUUCAUAUGCUGGAAAUGCUUGAAUUACGAUUUCCAGAACUGAGAGCCCCUUUUCCUUGGAAAGAUGCAUUAACAAACAAAACAAUCACUCAACAAUCUUUGGCGUAUGAGAAAGCAAGCGUGAUUUAUAAUUUGGCCAGCAUUCUUUCUUCUCUUGGAGCAAGGACAAACAGGAUUGCUUCUGCUCCAAGUGCCGCUGCAGCCACAGGUACGAAGCUUGCUUAUACUUCCCUCAGACAGUCUGCUGGAAUGUUGAGCUACAUCAACGAAAACUUCCUUCACGCUCCAUCCACAGAUAUGUCAAAAGAUGUCGUUCGAUGGUUCAUUGAUCUGGAAUUGGCCCAAGCGACAGAAGUGUUUUGGGAAAGAACGUUUGAAGAGAAAAAGGGCGGAAAUUUGGUAACAAGGAUCGCAUCACAAGCAGCUACAACAUACACAAGCUUAGCAGAAGAUUCCAAAGAAUGGAUCUCAAAAGGCGUAUUUGAACGAUCAUGGGGAUUGCUUGUGCAGGUCAAAGCAAAACAUUUUUCCUCCUUGGCGCAAUAUCAUCGUGCUUUGGUUGACGAUACUGCAGGAUCGCAUGGAUCAUGUUUGGUCAGAUUGACGCUUGCCGAGACAUUAUCAAAAGAAGCACAAAAGUUGUCUGCUCAAUUUGCAGCAUCGGCAGGAUCUUCUUCUUCGUCCAGCUCAUUGCCAUCGGAUGCUGGCUCUUCAAUGAAAACAAUUGUGGAUGGUCAUUUGGCAAUCGUAAGCGGCAGAAAAGCACAAGCUGUCAAAGACAAUGAUCUCAUCUACCACGACAUUCUGCCGACCGAAUCGACGCUCCCUACCAUUGAGCCAAUGGCUGUCGCUCAACCAAUGUCUAUCCAAGAUAUCUAUUCGAGUGCAGAAGUGCAAAAAGUGACGGGAGCAAACGCAACCGGUUCAGCUGCAAAUGAUUUGUUUUCCAGUCUGGUUCCGUUGGGUGUGCAUGAAGCUGCCAGCAUGUAUAGUGAAGAAAAGGCAAAACUCGUACGUCAAGAAGGAGAACGGGUAUCGGAUGCAAAUGCUCAACUGGAGGCUGUCUUGGAGUCACUAACACUACCAAAAGGGUUGAAGAAAUUCAAGCCAGACGGAUUGCAAGAUUUGCUCAAUCCUGGCAGUGAAGUGUAUGAAUGGGCAGAAGAGGAGAUCCAAGGUGGAGGAUCGAAGGGAGAAGAUGGAGUGGGAAUUGGAUCGGGUGCGAUUGAUGGCGCAUUACGAAAAGUGUACGGAUCUCGAGAGCAAGCUAGAAGGGACUUGGAUGAGGCUGCUCGCAUGCUGGACGAAGAAGCUGCACAAUGCGAAAAAUUGCGUGUUCGACAUGGUGAUCGAUGGACACAAUCACCCAGUGGGUUGGAAGCAAGAUCUAUUCGAACCGAUCUGAAAAAUAACAGAGAAGCAUUACGCCAAGCGACAGAAAAUGAUCAAGCCAUCGAACAGCUUUGGAGACAAUCAGAGCCAACUAUUCGCGUUCUCCUUGGCGGUAGAGAAGCUCUGGAUACUGCUUUUGCUGAAGCUUUGUCUGGGCAAAGUGCAACUGCUGGCGGAGAAUUGGUUGAUUUGCUGGAAGAUGACACUUCUUCUGACGCACAAAAGGAAGAAUUGCGUUCCAAAGUCGCAAAAAUUGAGUCCAAUUUGUCACUCUUACAUCGAAUCAAAAAGGAUCGUAAUGAUGCACUGACGGAACUACGGGGAAGGAUUCAAAGUGAUGAUAUCUCCCAUAUCCUUAUUCUCAAUCGACGUGCGGCUCCUGAAGCUCAGAACCAACUUUUCCAACAAGAAUUGGAAAAGUUUCGACCUCUUACACAGAGAAUUGCACGCAGUCAAUCCGAACAAGACCGUAUCGUUGGUGAAGUUGAAAGCCUAUGGGAAGCACUCAAUAAUGCACCCGAAGGUCGUGGCAGAGCACAAGAAUGGACCAAGAAGAACGGAAUACGAGAGAAGCUGGUUGGAAAUUUGAGAAAUGCCAAAGAUGCCAAUGCUCAAGUUCGUGCAGGCUUAGCCAAAGGUCUGUUGUUCUACAAUCAAUUGGAGGAGAUUGCGACAGAACUUCGUAGAAACUCUAAAGCUUUCGUGGAAGAGCGUGGAAUUGAACGUGAUCGUUUAAUCAGAGAGGUGGACGUUGGCAAAUCGUACGAUGGAGGUGCUUCUUCGCUUGAGGGCGCAUUUGGAAAGAUGGGCGUUUCAGAUCGGGGAUCCUCUUCUCGUGCUAGUUCACUGGGCCCAGCACCCAUUCCGCCACCUCAACACAGUGGAUUUGCAUCCCCACCUUUGCAACCCAUGUACGCUUCUCCACUCCCUCCGCAGAAGCCUAUUCAAGCGAGCUCACCAUAUGACAGCUUAGGUACAGCAUUUGGUGGUAGCGGACCAGCACCAGCUCCUCCUCCAUCAUCGCAGUAUGGACAGCCAUCUCAAUAUCAAUACAGCCAACAACAAUAUCAACAACCGCAGCAGCAGCGGCAGCAGCCACAACAGCCCUACCCAUCUCAUUUUGGCACCACAAGUCCUGUCCAAUCAACAGGCUUGCCACCCCCACCUCCGCAAUGGCAAUCAUCUUCUACUUUGCCCAACACAACACAGCGAGGAGGCCCUCCUCCACCACCACUACCUGGUCAACACCAAAACUACCCUCAAGUCUCACAGCAAUAUAGUCAAUAUCCUCCGCCCAAUAGUGGCAGCGGCUCUUUCCCGCCGCCACCGCAACAAUACCAACAACAAUAUCGUGGUGGUCCUCCCCCUCCUCCGCUUCCAAAUGCAGGGUACGGUCAAAAUCGGUAUGGUGCACCUCCUCCUCCGUCGCACUAUGGACAAUCUGCUCCGCCACCGCCACCACAGCAACGAUGG